AUGGCUCAGCUUGGUAACGUUUUUCGCGAAUAUCAUGAUGUGUUCUCGAGUUCUCCGACCGACUUUGGAUCUUGUUCGCUUGUUCCUUAUAAGCUUACAGUUCCUCCUGGUAGUGCACCCGUCACGUCUCGCCCCUACCGCGUUAAUCCCCCGGUGGCGAAACAAGUUGACGCGAUCCUUGACCAAUACCUUGCGGCAGGUUUGAUUCAACGUUCGACCUCGCGUUACUCGAGGCCUUUGGUAGUCAUACCGAAGAAAUCUGGUGGUGUUCGCAUCACCGUCAAUUAUCGCAAGCUCAACAAGCUUUGCGCUUUGAGUCAGCUUCCGAUUUCUCAAGUCGAUGAUACUUUGGACAAGUUGUUGAAAGGGCGAAUUUAUUCCCUUCUCGACACGAAAUCUUCGUUUCACCAAAUCACGGUGCACCGCGAUACAACCCCUUUGACGGCAUUCGUGACGUCUUCCGGGCUUUUCGAGUGGUUGAAGAUGCCUCAAGGCAGUUCGACUGCCCCUGGGUGGUUUUGCAAGGUUGUCAACGAAGUCAUCAGAACAGUCCGCGGUGCUGCAUCGUACUUGGAUGAUUUGAUCGUCUUUGAUGACACCCCUGCUAAUCAUGUUGGUACCAUGCGUGCCCUCUUUGAACGCUUGCGUACGCACAGCUUGAAACUCACGCCUCCGAAAGCUACUAUUGGCGCUACUGAAGCAGACUUCCUCGGACACACCAUCUCCCCUGACGGCGUUCGGCCUAACGGUGCCAAGGUUUCGGCCCUCACCAAAAUGCCUAUGCCCGAGGAUGUCAAGCAACUACGUUCCCUUCUCGAUGGUCUCAGCUACUACCGCAAGUUCCUCCCCAACAUGGCUAAACGCAUUCGAUAUCUGACUACUCUACUCAAGAAGCAGGAGAACUUUGUCUUCACCCUUUCCAUGGAGCAAGCCGUUCGCGUUUUUUUAGCUGAGUUGGCCAAUCCUCCUGUUUUAGUUUAUCCAGAUUGGGAUGCCGUUUCAGACGCCUCGCGACCUUUUCAUCCCUACUGUGAUGCUAGUCGCGAUGGGUUUGGUGAGACUCUAGAACAAGAACAGCCAGAUGGUUUCGUUUGCUCAAUUGUCUUCAUCAGUCGGGCUACUUUGGACUCAGAACGUCACUGGACACCCCGCGAUCUCGAGGCGGGUAGCAUCGUGUGGUCCGAAAGUGCAGCGGGGGAAGCGGCAGCCGCGGCAGCCAAGGUAGCGGAUCUGCAGAGGAGAGUUGAGGAGACAGAGGAGAGGAGUUCAGCGGAGGACGCUACUAGAGAUAGGGUGGAUGAUGCCGGAUACACGGCUGGUAACUUAAGGAUGGACGGUGCCGGCUAUGCGCCUGGGUACAUUAGGGAUGGAGCCGCCGGGGGGGCAGCCACUUUUGGAGCCAGGGGAGCGGCUACUUUUUUGCAGGAUGAUCGAAUGCAGCGUAGGGACCGGAAGCCACCGGUGUACGACGGCAACUUCCCGCUCUUCAAGAGGGUGUUCGAGGCCUUCCUCAGCUGCGAAGUGUUUGGGGCGUGGGAGGCUGCCCACGAGUUCUGCCUCCCGAUGAGUGACCCCGAGAAGCAGGCCCUGAAGCUGUCUCUCACCAACAUGAAGAUGAAGCUCGGAGAGGAACCGAGGGAUUACUUUCUUAGGUUUCACAAGGUGCUGUCUACAAUUCGUGCCGUCAACGGCGAUGAGGUCACAGACCGAGAGGUCCUUGCGAUGCUGCGUAGGAAUCUCUUGGCCGACUACGACCAGCUCAAGCCGCUUCUCAUGCAUAAUCGCGCGCUCACACGCUCGAGUUUGGAGACUCUUGUGCGUAGCCACCACGUUGAGCAAGACCUCGGUAAUGGUGUGUAG